AUGGACGCUGCCAGCGUUCCUACAAAAAACACAAACCCUUUGAGAAGCAGCUCUUCGAAAGCAUGUAGACGUAGCAACAGGGUUAGCUUCUUUGAUUGGUUUUACCAAUUCAGUAUCCUACUCCAGAGGAGCCUCAAAGAAAGAAAACACGAAUCCUUCAACACUCUGAGAGUCUUUCAGGUUAUUGCUGCAGCACUAUUAUCUGGUUUAAUGUGGUGGCACUCAGAUUACAGGAACAUUCAAGAUAGGCUUGGCCUACUCUUCUUCAUUUCCAUCUUCUGGGGAGUCUUCCCGUCUUUCAAUUCAGUAUUUGCAUUCCCUCAAGAACGUGCCAUCUUCAUGAAAGAGCGAGCUUCUGGGAUGUACACAUUGUCCUCCUAUUUCAUGGCUCGAAUUGUUGGGGACCUGCCCAUGGAGCUUAUUCUUCCCACGGUUUUCCUCAUUAUUGCGUAUUGGAUGGGUGGAUUAAAGCCAGAUUUUUGGGCUUUUGUGUUGACUUUGUUGGUUGUGCUUGGAUACGUGAUGGUGUCACAGGGUCUUGGGCUUGCUUUAGGUGCAGCAAUAAUGGAUGCCAAACAGGCUUCCACAGUGGCAGCAGUGACGAUGCUAGCAUUUGUGUUGACAGGUGGAUACUAUGUCCAUAAGGUGCCAUCUUGCAUGGCUUGGAUCAAAUAUAUAUCCACAACCUUCUACUGUUAUAGGCUUCUGACUAGAAUCCAAUAUGAGGAUGGUAAGAAGAUAUCGUAUCUAUUAGGUUGCUAUCAUGGUGAUAAGGGUGGCUGCAGGUUUGUUGAAGAGGAUGUGGUGGGGCAAAUUGGCACUCUGGGAUGCAUUGCGGUGAUGCUUUUCAUGUUUGUGUUCUACAGAUUAUUGGCUUACCUUGCCUUGAGACGCAUCAAAAGUUGA